UCUCCUCUCUGCACCGCCUUGCAGCAGAAAGUGUCCCGGAGCCUUCGGGCUGCAAACAUCCGAGCGACCCCCGACAGCAGAGACACGACAUGCGGGCGGCGCGGCUGCGGCUGUGCGGGGCGCUGCUGCUGCUGCUGUGUGCUGCAGUGUGCGGGACGCAGGCGGAGGUGAUCGAUGACAUCCUGAGCAGCCUCUCCAGGGGAGCGUCCUUCCUGGAGAGACAACAUGAACACAUCAACCUGGACGAGUUGGUCGGGUUCCUCAUGCUGCAGGCUGAACUGAAGGAAGCGGUUCGGACGUGGCCUCACUCCGACCCCAUCAGCUGGGCUCAGAGGACCACCGCCGUGGCUCUGGUCAAACGUCUCGACCUGACCUUCGAGAAGGCCAUCACCGCCCUGCAGCAGAACGACAACAAGUACUUCCAAGAGUUUGAGCCCCUGCUGUCCUGGAGGUUCUGGUUGAUCCCUCAGGAGUGGACCUCCACGGACCCGAGCCUGGUCUACGCCUCCACGAUGACCACCGAGUGUUACGACGAGCAGCUCAGCGACAAGUGUCUGACGCUGCUGCUCGGCACCUGGAAGAUGAAUGGGACUCCGUGCAUCGUCACCAAACCCUGCCGGGACACCAUGACUCGUUUCGGAUGUCCGCACUACUCUCUGUCCCACCAGCUGCUUUACUUCAUGAUCGGGAAAAUGAGAGGCUGCUCCAACCUGCUGAAAGGCGACACGCGGAUGUCCCGAGCGAACAUGACCGAACAAAACUACGAGAAGAUCUUCUGCUCCAACAUGAUGAAGACGAACCAGGACAUCAUCAGAGAGGGGCUGACCGAACAGACGGUGGACAUCUUCAUCGAAAACAUCCUAAUUUGCGGAUUGACCGGUUUCUCCGAUUUCUACAAAGCUGAUUGGCUGCAGCACAUCCUCCGGCUGCAGGAUGAGGAAGUCGGCUGCUUCGGGAGAGACAAGAGCAUCAUCUCUCAGAUCAUCGGAGACGAGCUGUUGGAGCAGCUGCAGCCUCACAGGAGAGUGAAGAGGAGAGAGAAGAUCCUGCCGGACGGCUGCUCCAGUCACAUGACGGCCGUUGCUGUCGGUGCUCUCGGAGGAUACCUGAACUAUUACCUGACAGAGCAGGACAUAACGAAGAGGCCGCUGUCGUGAACGCUCUUCCUCAACCCCCGCUGCCUGCCAAACGGGCCUCCGGAAAGGACGCGUUCACGUGAGCGAAUAUUCGUCGUAGAUCAUCGGGUAGAGAUGUUCUUCAAGGGUCGGACACCACGACUCCUGACACAAACACGUUGCUUUAUGAACACACUCGUAAGAUGAUGGAAAUGUUCAAUAAAAAUGCUGGGAUGUGACUGUUUGGCACGAAAUAGAAACUUUAAAAGGGA